CAGACACUGAUCAGUCAGUUUUUGCCAUGUCCCAUGAAUUCAAUCCAAUAUCAAGGAAGAAAAAAAAAAGAAAAAAAAGUAUUUUCUUCUCUGUAAAUUAUGUGGGAAGCCAUGGAAGAUGGCAGAGGGGAGAGCGAGAGACUAACACUUGUGGCAAGAAAGCCCUGUUUUGGGCUGCCCACCGCUUGCCCGAGAUGUUUGCCCGUUUACAUUUAUCUUAAAUUCUCCAAGAGCCCAUUUGAUUUGGAGUUCAAUGGCGUUCACCCUGAUUCUGAUCAAAUACCGUUUGUUGAAUCUGGCGAUUAUGUGGCCUAUGAUAACGAGAAAGGUGGAGUCAUUCAGAAAUUGAAGGAAGAUGGAAUUCUUGAUUUGGACUGUGGAGCCAACGGAAUAGCCGAAUGGGUAUCUGUAAAGGCGCUGAUUGAGUCGUGGCUUGCAGAUGCAGCCAUGUAUGAGCUCUGGUUGGGGUCUGACGGUAAGUCGGCCCAUAAGAUUUAUUAUUCUGACCUCCCUUGGCCGAUUGGGAAAAUUCUGUACCAGAAGCAAGUUCGUGUGGUGAAACAAUUACUUAGGAUCACGUCAGAAAAUGCUGAAAGAAGGGAAGAAGAGAUAUACAGCAGAGCAGACCAGGCUUAUGGUGCAUUAUCAUCAUUGUUAGGAGAACAAUCGUUUUUCUUUGAAAGCAGGCCUACGAGUUUGGAUGCAGCUCUUCUUGGGCAUGCUCUGUUUACACUUCAUGCUUUACCUGAAACAUCGGUUCUAAGAAGCAAGCUCUUGGGCCAUGCUAAUCUCGUUAGUUAUGCCGAGAAUCUCAAAACAGAGUAUUUGGAUGUAAGCUCAUCAUCUUCGUCAGUUCCUGAGACAGAUGCCACGUCAUCAACUUCAAGGCGGGGCCCUUCAUACUGGAGUUCGAAACCGAAGAGCAAACCUAAGAGGGAGAAAACGGAGGAAGAGAAGAAAUUUAGAAGAAGAGCGAAAUACUUUCUUGCUACACAAGUCGUUGCAGUUCUAAUUUUCCUCUCUCUACUUGGUGGAUCCAACGAUGCUGAUGUGGAGCUUGGGGACAAUGAUGAUGUGGGUUACGAGUAGGAAAUGACUCGCCAUGUAAGACUUUUUUAGGGGUUCGCCUUUUCUCAUCUCACUGAUUUGGAAAUUAUCUCAUGUACACAAGUCGUCUGAGAUACGGUCGAAAUACAGAAUCGGGUGCCUGGCUGGAGUAUGUCGAUAAUUUUUUGAAUUUUACCACUAUUUGAAUUUAAUUUGGGCAGCAUUUGCCUCUGGAGUAUGGGCAAAUAUGUUAAUAAUUUAGCUGAUUGUUAGUCUAUUUUCGGAGUUUUUCAGUGUUGUUCUUUGCCAUGUUAAAAAAUAUGGGAAAAGACACUGUUAAUUUCAAUAAACAUUGGUUAAGCAGAUAACUUUUAUUGAAAUUGACCAUGUAAUAAUAGUUUUUUUUUUUUGGUGUAAAAGAUGCUUUAUUUGUUGAGUAUCCCUAG